UAAAAACCCAGUUUUAUACUUCAAUUGGAAUAUUCACUGUACUGUUACAACAAUUUUCGUUUGGCAACAGACAAUGAGGCUUUUUGUUCUAACGGCUUUACUUGUACCUUGUCUCUCAAUACAAGAAACCCACCAUUUUGUUCACCUAACGGAUGAUGGAAGAACUAUUCACCAGGAUAUAAUAUACGAUAAGAACGAAAACACUCUUUUGGUCAUCGUUGGAGAUGUAUCCAUGUACAAGAAUACAAUCCCAACCAUCAAUUAUCAUGACUAUGAUACGGGAUAUGUUGUUUUCAAAGACAUCAAACAUCAAAUGUGUUCCUUGUCAAGGGUACCAAUCCCAAAACUAUCUCUUGAAAUGUAUAGACAGGGUGUGUCAAAUGAAACACUGCGAUUCACGUCUCGGUAUAAUCCAACUCCACUAACGUACUCAGAAGUUAAAGAGACAGCAGGAAUAAAGAUUGCAGAAUUUUGCAAAGAUUAUGAUACAUUUUUCCGAACACUGAUUCCAAACCAGAAAGUCAAAAGAAGUGGAGUAAAUGCAGAGGCACCAU